CGUUCUGCAGCCAGCGUCCUUCCCCUCCGAGGUACCAGUCCGCGCUCUCCAGCCCCGGCGGCGGCGGAAGAGAUGGAGCCGCGUCACGAGCGCCCGGCCCCUUAAAACGCUGCUGGCUGGAGCCGCCUCCCUGCCUGCAGCCCGCGGCGGGGAUGGAGUAGAGGGAGACCCGUUGACCUGCUCGCGGGGAUCAGCGAUGGAGUUAAAGCAAUCUUUGUCCAUCCAUCUGGAAGCUGAGAAGCCUUUGAGGCGCUAUGGAGCGGUGGAGGAGACGGCGUGGAAAGCGGAGGGACUGGGGAGAAAUCAUCUGGACAUCAUUUCCAUGGCCGAGACAACCAUGAUGCCAGAGGAGAUCGAGCUGGAGAUGGCGAAAAUCCAGCGUCUCCGGGAAGUCUUGGUCCGACGGGAGUCUGAGCUCAGGUUUAUGAUGGAUGACAUCCAGCUCUGCAACGAUAUCAUGGACUUGAAGCAGGAGCUGCAGAAUUUGGUCGCCAUCCCAGAAAAAGACAAAACCAAGUUGCAGAAGCAGAGAGAGGACGAGCUAAUCCAGAAGAUCCACAAACUGGUACAGAAGAGAGAUUUCCUGGUGGAUGAUGCAGAGGUUGAGCGGUUAAGGGAACAAGAAGAAGACAAGGAAAUGGCUGAUUUUCUGAGAAUCAAGUUAAAACCUCUAGAUAAAGUAACCAAAUCUCCAGCCAGCUCCCGAGCAGAGAAGAAAGCAGAGCCCCCACCCAGCAAGCCCACGGUGGCCAAGACGGGGCUGGCGCUCAUCAAAGAUUGCUGCGGGGCCACCCAGUGCAAUAUCAUGUAGCCCCCACGUGGGGUGCCCCCAGGGCCCCCCCUCCCACCCUCUUGUCUUCAUAGCCCCCAUUUCACUGGGGCCAAGAGCUCUCCGAGGCAGAAGGGAUUGAAGGCAAGCCCGUGACAGCCGCCAGGGGCCGUGGGUGCGGCGGGCGGGCCCAGCCGCCCUGUACAGAGUGUAGCAAUAGGGAGUCCCUCACCGACGCAUGGCCCUCCCCAGAGCAUGCCGAACCCAGGAGUCUGUCUCACUGUUUAUCCAACCGCCAGGAAAGGUCCUCGCUGUACACAAAGUGUAUCUCCACUCCUCUCUAGCUGUAUCUAACCCGCCGUGCAAAUGAGCUGGCCGAGGGCAUGAUCCCCAGGUGUGUGUGGUCGUGACUUUUCAACAACCUAGCACCAUGUUGGACACAUCCUCAUCCACCCUCCUAGCUCUGCUGUCAGGCUGCCCCAAACGGCUCCGUCCCCCAUCUGUCCUCUUCUGGGGGCUGUGCCCUGCAGGGCCCCAUCCAACCCGUGUGUCUUCGGAGACGCAGAGGGCCCAUCUGUGUAACGACUGAGCUGGUGUGUGGUGUCACGGUCAGGUCUCCUGCUUCCUCUCCUCCUGUGUCUGGGCACAGCUCACAUCAGGAGUGUGUCCUUUUACCCAUGGCCCUUCCUUCCCUUGCACCAUCUGUCCCGGGUGCGUGGAGCAGAGCGGCAAUGGGGCCCCGGGGUUGGAGCACACCCAGGGCUUGGAAGUCGUAGCAGAGAGCUGGGGCUCCAACACCGAGGUGAGGGCAGAGGAGAAGGGACCCAGAGCGGAUGUGGACCUGGGCCCUCUCCACUCACCGGGGGAAUGACAGACGGACGGAUGGACUGCCGGCAGGAUGCCACUCACCAGCCUAACACACAGACCUCGCCAACAACAGUGGCAGGCGGGAGAGGUGGCCUGACCCAACCAUGUCCCCUCAUUCAGUGGUGUAUUUCAACCAGCCUAACAAUUCCAACCUGUGUAACUUGAUGUACAUUUGCUACAGCCAGCCGGGCACAGCCCGUGUACCUCUCUGUACGUGUGUGUGUGUUGUGACCGGCCUAAGUAGUUAGCAUAACUCAAGAUUUGCUGAAAUGCAAUCCUCCAUCGGAGAAAAUAAAAAUGGAAACCGCGUACACAGCAUUUUUAAAGUUUUUACUUUUUUCCUUGACAAAAGAAGUAAUCCAUGUACAUAGUGAAUCAUUUAAAAAAUGUAGAACGUAUAAAGAAGUUCUUUUUUUAACUCCCAUGAUUCCUCCAACUAGAGACCACUCUGACAUUUGGCGUAUUUCCUUGCUGUCUUUUUUUUUAUGCUUUUUUUUUUUUUUUCAUGAUUGGCAUCCUUUGUACCAUUUGAUAACAGCUUUCUUUCUCCACUUGGCAUCCUCUCACUAUCGUUCUGCCACGUCAUUAAAAGCUCUUUGUAAACAUUAAACACUCUUCAUAAAUAUU